AGACAGUGACUACUUUAAACCAGGAGCAGAGGAUCCUAUGAACACGUUAUUGGUGAGUAAAUAAGCUUUUAUUCAGAGUUGUCUUGUUCUAACUGAUUCAGAGCAGCAAUAACAUGUAUUAUAACUCUCUUUGGAUGCUUUACAAAUACAAAGUUGUAGUUGUUGCGUACUCGGCUACCGAGGUGAAGCGAUCCGCUGCGUUUCAAAGCUCAUAAUCUAUCUUUGAACAGAAGCUGAUGGUUACAGUUGAAGCUGAAUGCUGAAGGUAGCCUAAGGAACUUUUGUGUAUUGGUAGAUCUGUAUAUUGGUGGAAUGUGAAAUAACCGUGUGGAUGUUAUUUUACAAAGCAUAGGUAACAGAUAUUUGUUGAUCAAGGUACACGCAAUGUGAAUUGUCUACUGUGGGUUAAAAAUAAUAAAGUCACUACUUUUAUAGGGAAGGAUUAAAACGUUUUUAAUGAGCCGGGUUGUCUGAGGCUGUUUAUGGGUCAUUUUUCUAUCCACUAUAAUGACAUAAAUCCAAUGCAUUCCCAGCCUGGGCCAGGGGGAACAACGAUAGUUCAACAUCGUAAAGGUCAAUUGAUCAUUCACUGGAGUAUGACCGGCAUCAAACUCUUUGGUAAACAAAUGGUCUCUGGAUUUAGUCUUCAUGAUAGGAUCAACUAUCAGAACGAGGAUCUGUAGUCAUUAUGUGUUGAAGGUUAUGUAGCGCAGGGAAGCGGACUAGCAACAUUCCGCUCCAUUUCUGUAUGAACCUGUCUUUGGCUUCACAUUAACGCUUGUCAUGGGUGAGCAACUUUGUGCCAAGAGAUCUGUGAAGCGCUUUAUUCUUAAGUGUUCUGAAGUUAUUUCCUUUCCACAGGACUUAUAAACCGCUAAAGAGGAUGAGCCAAUUCUCUCCCCAUAUGCGGGGCACACAAUCUAUGCGUACUCCCCCAAGCAUGAGCAGCGAGUUCCCUGGUGGGAGAACAGAGAGGAUGAUAACGAGUGUCAGUUGUCGUACAAGGCCACCUCCACUCCAUUACGAGCCCUGGACCUCUUCGGUGACCCCUGACCUCUUGCAUAGCUCUGUACUGAGCAAUGACCCCUGGCUGACCCAUGACCCCAGGCUGACCCGUGACCCCAGGCUGACCCGUGACCCCAGGCUGACCCGUGACCCCAGGCUGACCCGUGACCCCAGGCUGACCCGUGACCCCAGGCUGACCCGUGACCCCAGGCUGACCCGUGACCCCAGGCAGAUCCAUGACCCCAGGCAGAUCCAUGACCCCAGGCAGAUCCAUGACCCCAGGCUGACCCAUGACCCCAGGCUGACCCAUGACCCCAGGCUGACCCAUGACCCCAGGCUGACCCAUGACCCCAGGCUGACCCAUGACCCCAGGCUGAUCCAUGACCCCAGGCUGACCCAUGACCCCAGGCUGACCCAUGACCCCAGGCUGACCCAUGACUUCAGGAAGAGUUCUUGUCUGACCCCUUAUCAGGCCAUGAGAGAAAUGCGAUCCAAAUCUUGUGGCUGACCCCUGACCCCAGUGUGACCCUGACGUCUGGUCUGACCUGAGAUCUAUACUGACCACGACAAUGUUCGGCCACACGUUUGUGGGGGGGCGAUGAAAUUCAUGUCCCCAAGAGAUUCUGAGUGAAACCUAGUCAUCUGUAAAGAGCCAAUGCCGUUUAUAUGCAUUUGCGACCAUUGGUGCUUAUUUUGAGCAUAGCCUAGCAUGAUCUUUAUCUGAAAAUCACCUUAUUAAAAUAAUCAGACUGGUCCAUAGAGCCUGUGUGCGACAUGUCGGGUCAUUAGAGCGUGUAAUCAGAUGACAUGCAAUAACGCAUUAAUGACCAUCAAGUUUCCUAAUUUCUAAUCCAUCAGGGCUACAAAGCUGUGCCUUUAAUUUUGAACGCAAUAAUCAUAUUUACUGCCUUGAGGUGACAAAUAAACUAAUAAAGAAAUAAAGAAGA